GCAUGGACCCCGGCCAUCGUCUCACCUUGGAGACAGGGUACGAGGCGCUCGUGAAGGACGGUUACCGAGCCAACACUCUGAUGAACAGUCGGGGCGGCGUGUACGUCGCGAAUCCUCCGCCAGUGGAGUGGGCAAUGACACCCAAGGACAUCGCUGCCGGCGGGGUGUGUGGUGGUGGUGGCAGCAUCGCCUGUGGCCGCUUCUCCUUCGUACAUGGCCUCAAGGGCCCAUGCAUCAGCGUCGAUGUUGAGGGAGCCUCCUCACUGGUUGUCGUGAACUAUGCUUGGUGCUGCUCGCCGGUUCUGCUGCUUUUGUCCCAGAAACUCCCCUCCGAGCUUCUCCCUCCCGGCCUGCUUCCCUUCGUCUUCGGGGCUACUUGCAUGAGCAGGAGGAUUCUGGCCCUGAGUGGGAGUUGGUUGAUAGCCCUAGGGCUGCUAGGGGCCUCAGCCCCUCAGCCAGUCUUUCCUAGGCGAGAAGACCGGGCCUUCAGGGCCAACCGCGCUUGGCAGGCAGGCUUGCAAGCCGGGGCGGUGCUUCGUGGGGAGCAGAGAAUGGAACUAGUCAGCGAGUUUCUUGCUGCUCCGUCCGAUGCCGGCUGCCUCGUGAUGGAAUUGCCCACCUUCUCUCCGAAGCCUAUGGUGUUUGUGCCCGUAUUGCGGCGGGCGGGAGGCAUACUUGCUGCGGUCCCUGUUGGUGCCGUAGACGAGGCUCUUCUGGAGGCCGGCCAAGGCGGAGGCCCAGAACUGCUUAUAGGUCCCUCUUGUCAGAUAUCAGCUGGCCUGGCAGAGGAGGACGAAGAAGGAGCUUUGCGAGCGACAGGCGAGUCUACAGUGGUGCUGGUUGUAGACUUUGCAGAAGAUGUGGUGCAGCAUCUUUCUCCGUACGAUCCGGUUACCUCCCCCAUCGAGGUUCAGCCUUUUCUCAGCGGCUCGCCCCACCUCAUGCUCGUUCACUUCGCUCUGGUUGCUGCUGCCAAGGAGUGGCUCGUCACCCUGACUGGAGAGCGAAUGGCAUUUUAUUCGGCCGCCGAAGAGCCCGAACAGGAUGCUGUCAAUCCGCCGGAGCCAGGACCAAAGAAAAAGCCUGCGGCCAAACCCAAGAGGCCCACGACCUCUCAGUUGGCGGAGCAGAUGGAGACGAUGUUAGCAGGUUCAAGAAAUCAGCUCCAGGCAGAGGGCGCUCGAGGGCAGGUCGCUGGCCGCCUCAUCGACGACGAGAUCACCAUAGACCCUGCCACGGGCGCCCCACUCCUGCCAAAGGCCGACUCAGGAGAAUCUUCGUUGGGGCCCACUUCUGGUGCGCUGUUAGGAACUCGAGGGGCCACGAAACGAGAGAAGCUUCAGGAACAGCUGGCCUCGAGAUCGGGGAACUUCUUGCUCCAGGUCAGCCAGCAGGCCUUGAGACGCUUGGCUCCUUCGGAGCCUGCUCCGGUGGCGAUGGAGGACUUAGCUGCCAGGAGGCCCUUGUUCACGGCUUAUGCAGAGCGCUUCGGAGGGUACGGCCACCAGAGGUCCCUAGGAAUAGUGUUCUGGCUGCUUGCCAACAUAGCCGACACUUUGGUCGCUGGAGAUGUUGCCGGGGCAGAGGAGCUAGUGGCUCUCAGCUUGAUUGCAGUGGAGCAAGCAGCCCAAGACAACGGGUCCUGGGAUAUCGGUUACCUGUUGUGUCUGUUGGAGGAUCCUCCCCACCAGUUGUUUCAGCACAGACCCCAGAGCCAGAACCCGAGGCUGCGUGCCUUUGGGGGUCUGACCCCCCAAGCCUGGGCCACCACGACGCUGAGCUACGUGCGGGAAAUAGACUUGAUUCAGACCAGACGAGCCGAGACAGUUGGGGCCCCCAAGGCCAAGGCGGCUGCAUCCGAGACCGACACGCCUGCCAGCGCGAAGCCUCGCCGACCCCGCUUUCCAAAGAAAUCCAAGGGUGGCAUGAUCGGUCUGCCUCCUGCCUUGCUUCCUCCUACCAACGGUCGUUUCCCUAGGAUCGUGGGUACCAGGGGCACUUUUGGAGCUUUUCUUGCAUCUACUCUGCAGCUCUCUCAGGACCUGCCGCCAGGUACCCCUUUGUGCUUCGAGCUGAUUGCUUCCGUCUUCUCCCGAGGCCUUUCCAGUCUGAUGUCCCGGCGAGAGGCCCGCGACACCGAGGUCUAUGGGCUAGAGUCUGCUUUAGUCAACGAUCUUGCCCAAACUCUGCGGUGGAGCACUGAAUCGGCUUGGACUUGGGACAGGCCGAAGCACAUCAACUGUCUCGAGACGGGUGCCUUCAGGAGCUUAGGCAGGUGGGCGCAGUUUGUGUGGCUUUUGGACUCUUCGGCGCGCUGCCCUUUUGUCCUACGCGCCUCAUGCCGGCCGAUGGGCCCUCCAGAGGCACCUCCACGCCUGAGCCUCCCCCCGGCACACCGUUGCAUCUUGCAGCUCCGCUCCGAGCGCUUGCCUCCCUUCCACACACCCGCAGAUGGACUUCGAAUUGGAUUCGUUUGGUCCUGCUUGUGUGCUGGUGGCAGCCUCCCCUACCUAGUGAUCGCUACGCUGCGUUGCCUGCUCUUCUCUUCCGGCCUCCUCACAUGGAUUUUGAUGCCUCUCUUGGAUUUCCCGGCGAAGGCCCUCCCCUGCCAGAACACCGGAGAUCUGAACAGGCAAGCUUUCAGAAGCCAGAGGCCACUUCCAGAGGGAAGGCCCGUCGAGAGAGCAACGCAGAGUCUGAGAGACACCCUCUGGGCUGCUCUGCUGGGGUGGCUGAGAACCGAAGGUGUCACCGAACAAGCUUUCGCUCAGAGCUGCUCGGACGACGUGGACCUGGUCAAUGCCCUCUUGGCAAGGUAUGGACGGGCCCUUUACGAAAGCGGCCGCCCUUAUAACCACUAUGCUGAAACUGUCAACGCUGCUGCAGGAAAAUUUCCCAAGAUUCGCCGGCUAUUACAGCCGGCGUGGGAUGUUGCAUUCCAGUGGCAGAAGCUGGAGCCUCACAUUCAUCAUCAGGCCAUGCCUUGGCAAGUGCUGCUGGCACUUGUCACAGCAGCCCUCCUUUGGGGAUGGGUUGAUGUGGCAGGUGUUCUGGCUCUGGCCUGGGGUGGCUUGGCCCGAAUUGGAGAAAUAUUCGCGGCUUUUAGAUGCGAUCUGGUUUUACCCAGCGACAUUCAGUAUACAGUGGACUACAUCUUGCUGGCAGUGAGAGAACCAAAGACACGGAACACAGCGGCGAGACACCAGGCUCUUCGUUUGGAUCAGCCUCAGCUGAUGAGGGUUGUCGAGCUUGCCUUCAAGUCGAGACAUCGGUGCCAGAAGCUUUGGCAAUAUGCCCCUGGAACUUUUCGCUCCCGUUUUUCAAAACUGGUAGAAGCUUUUGAGAACAUGAAACCUCUGGAUUUGGGCUCCAUGAGAGCAGGAGGAGCAACCUGGUUGCUCCAUGCCACCGAAAACGGUGAGUUUGUUCGACGCAGAGGUCGAUGGCUCAAUGCCCGGAUCAUGGAGAUUUACAUCCAGGAAGUAUCAUCAGUUCUUUUCCUUUCGAAGCUUCAAGACCAUACUAUCCACGCAGUCGCAGGGGUUGCUUCUAAGCCCGCGGCUUCGUUGGUGGCGUGGUCGCAAGACAACCCGGACGCAGCAGACUCGGACAUGCCAACACGGCAGCAGAUCAGCCGAAGGAAGUCGCUGCAGCUGGUUCGCCAGAGCGAAAGCAGCAUCGAGGAGGUGAAGGCCCUGGUAGAACAUCUGAAGAAGCGGCAAGUCACCAAGGAGUGGGAGUUUGAAAUCUUGGCAGAGGACUUGACACAGGGCCUACUAUGCUUUUCCUCGAAGUUCUAUAUGGACCUUUUCGAGCAGCAGAAGAAUGCCAUCACACAGCACGGCUUACGGCUAGCAUGUGACGCCACCCACGAAAUUUCCAAUUCAAAGGUUAAACGCUUCGCUCUGGGUUGGCUGGCCCAAUAUGUUGAUGGUGAUGUGAUCCGCAACACCUUUGUCCCCUUGGCCUUCGCCGUGGCACCAUCGGAAACCAGUACAGCGACGUUGCUCUGGCUGGAAGCCGUAGAUGGCUUUGUACGUGCCAAAUGUGACGUUACAUUGAAGCAAGCCAAGGUAGCCCAAUUGGAUGGAGGUACCGGCUUGGUGAAGGAAUUCCAGGACUACUUCGGGCCAUCUUUGCUGUUGGUGAGGAGUCUGGAACAUGUGAAGCGGAAUAUUAAAAAAGAAGGUGUCAAGAAGCUUCAAAAAGCAAGCUGGUGGACCGCCGUCCAACGCUGGGUGGCAUUCAGUGCCUUUAUCCGCAAUGAUACCACCUUUCAUUGUUUUUGGCACCAUUCACUGGCCCUACUUCGGCGACAUGGCGAAGAUGCAUUCGCCAGCUAUAUGGCCAAGGACAUCCUGACGCAGUUGGAGGGCCGAUGGACUGCUGCCUGGAGAGCAGCUCCUCUAGAGCCGGGCUAUGGGCCAUAUGCCCUGAAUGCCGUCGAUUCCUUUUUCAAGGUUUUAGAUCAGUAUGUGCCAGAUGAGAGCAAGUUCAGCCUCACGGCCUUAUUGCCACGUUACGAGCAUUGUGGGCGCAUUUUCCGACAGGAGCGCAAAUGGUUGGAUUUAUGCCUGGCCGUCUCCAGCCUGUGCACGGACGCCAUCGUUGGCAAGAUGCCAUGUCCCGCUCCCAGCGGGCUAUAG